CUCUCUCUCCCUCCCUCUCUCCCUCUCCCUCGUUCUCUCUCUUAUUCUCUUCCUCUCUCUCCCCCUCAGCAGUAAUAACGCAGGGAAAAGAAGGAGGUGAAGAACACCCCCCCCACCCACCCAACCCCAGGGUGAAGUGUGGAAGUGUCGCGCGCGUGUCAGUGCGCGAGGAAGCGAGGCGCGUGCGUGGGGUUGCGGGAGAUUUGUGGCUGCCGCAGUGGCGAGUCUACAGACAAGAAGAGAAAAAUCACGCAGACGGGCUCGCGGUGCUGCUGGACUUUUCAAGUGCGCAAGAAUCUAUACGGAGGGUUUUCUGACAGCUGACACGCACACGCACACAUGGACGCGCACACACACGCGCGCUCUACGCAGUGUUGAACAUUGGGAACAUGUAGAGAACUUACAGAUGCACGGCUGUGAAGAAGAUUUUUCCCAAAUCUCCUUCUCAACUUUCAGACGAGACCAUAUGGAGCCCUCCCUCACAAUUUCAAGGGUCCAUGAUGAUGAAAAUGGGGCGUACAUUCCAGCAGAUGUUCCCCAGCAAAUUACGGAGCACUGCAGUCCUUCAAUCUGAGCCAUUCAUCUGAGAUCACAUCUGGAUGCCCUUUCCAGGAGUGAAUGUCUAGGUUCCACCACAUCUGAUUCGACUAUUCUUUAGAAGGAACAGUUCAGAUAGCUUGAUUUCUAACAAGCAUUAAAGUGGACGUUGCAGAUGGGACAGGACUGGAAAAGUAAAUAACUGUCUUUUGUAUUUUUCUCUCCAAGGGUGAACCUGUGCUCCCACGUGUAUGAGCCAUGAGGGAAACACACGUGACCAAUGCAGCUCAGUCAAGUGGAGAUGUUAGGGGUAUAGUGACCAGUGCCUUACUCUGGUGGACUAUGGCAUUUUUGUUUUUCUCGUUUUCCCAGAUGCCAGUGGCCCGAGCAGAUUGUUGGCUGAUCGAAGGGGAGAAGGGUUUUGUGUGGCUGGCAAUCUGCAGCCAGAACCAACCGUCAUAUGAAGCAAUUCCACUACAUAUCAACAGCACGAUUGUUGACCUACGGCUCAAUGAAAACAAGAUCCGGAGCAUUCAUUUUUCUGCUCUGAGCCGAUUCAGCAAUCUCACCUACCUGAACUUGACCAAGAAUGACAUCUCCUACAUAGAAGACGGGGCUUUUUCUGCUCAGUUCAAUUUACAAGUACUCCAAAUCGGCUUUAACAAGCUGAGGAACUUAACUGAGGGUAUGCUGCGAGGUUUGGGGCGUCUGCAGUACCUCUACCUUCAAGCCAACCUGAUCGAGAGUGUCUCACCUAAUGCUUUCUGGGAGUGUCCUGCUAUUGAGAAUAUUGAUCUUUCCAUGAACAGGCUUCAGCAGUUGGAUGGAAAUACAUUUCGUGGUCUAUCGAAGCUAACAACAUGUGAGCUCUACUCAAACCCAUUCUCAUGCUCCUGCGAGCUACUUGGAUUCCUACGCUGGUUAGUAGCUUUCCCGAACAGGACAAGCGAGAGGAUGGUAUGUGAUACACCAGCCGGUUUUUCUGGCUAUAGCCUCUUCAGCCAAAAUCCGAGAAUGCCGACGUAUCGCAAUGCUUUUCACGCUCUCUCUACGGUGUGCACAGAUGAUGACAAUGUAACCCCAUAUCUGCUUGGCUCUUCAGACGGAGGCACCCCCACCAUCCUGCCAGAUCUGAGCCCUUGUGGACUGGAAGACUGUCCAUCAGGGACACCUCCAGAUGAAUCAAUCAGCAUCAGCCCAACGUAUUUUGACCCAGAUGCUCGGCCAAUCAUGAAGCUAAAAGAGGUGACCCACACAAGUGCAGUUAUCACGAUACAAAUACCAAACCCUUUUCGGAAGAUGUACAUCCUUGUCCUUUACAACAAUAGCUUCUUUACAGAUAUCCAGAACUUGAAAAGCCAAAGGGAAGAAAUCGAGUUGCUCAACCUUAAAUCCCAUACCAACUAUACCUACUGCGUGGCCUCCAUACGCAAUUCUCUGAGAUAUAACCACACAUGCUUAACCAUCUCCACUGUUACAAGAACAAUGAGAGAGCAUGUUCCAAAUGACUCAACAGCUACUCACUAUAUCAUGACCAUACUGGGCUGCUUUUUUGGAAUGGUUAUUGUACUGGGCAUGGUCUAUCACUGUCUAAGAAAACGUAAGAAAGAAGAUGAAUCAAAAAGCAAGAAGCUUGAGAAGAUGAAAAGGAAUUUGAUAGAGAUGAAAUAUGGGGCUGAGCUGGAAGGUGGGACUAUCUCUCAGCUCUCACAGAAACAAAUGAUGUCCACCGUCGAGCCCAUUCAGAGGAUGCCGUACCUUCCAGCCGCCAGUGAGAAAGACCCGUAUAAGGUACAGGAACUGUCUGGAACCCCCAAAACAACAAAAGGGAAUUAUAUAGAAGUAAGGUCCGACCAGCCCGAUCGCAUGGAAUGCAGAAUUCUGCCGUCUGAGAACAGCCAAGGAUCUGUGGCAGAAAUUUCCACAAUAGCCAAGGAAGUGGACAAAGUGAACCAGAUUAUCAACAAUUGCAUUGAUGCACUUAAAUCUGAAUCAGCGUCCUUUCAAGCGGUAAAAUCUGGAGCUGUCUCAACCGCUGAACCUCAGCUGGUUCUUCUUUCUGAGCACCCACAAAGCAAAUCUGGUCUUCUAUCUCCAGUGUAUAAAGAAGGAUACCACCACCCGCUCCAGAGGCAUCAUAGUAUGGAAGCACCCCUGAAGCGUGCUAGCACAUCCUCAAGUGGUUCUCUGCGCAGUCCUCGAUCGUUCCGGUCCGAUGGAGCCUAUCGUUCAGAGUCCAAGUACAUUGAGAAAAGUUCUCUGGAUGAAUCCGGGAUUCUGACAGUCACCCCGACGUCUGCGAUACUCAAGUCAGAGGCAGAGAGAAUGCGACACUACACAGAGCAUCGGCACUCGUACCCGGGUCCGCACCACAUGGAGGAGCAGCUGGAGGUUUCCGCAAGCAGGACGUCAUCUAUCUUGGAGCCGCUAACACGUUCCCGGGCACAUGAGCUGUCCUAUUCACAGCUUUCACCACAGUACCACAACCUCAGUGGCUACUCGAGCCCAGAGUACACCUGCAGGCCAUCGCUCAGUCUCUGGGAACGCUUCAAACUCCACCGCAAACGCCACAGGGAUGAAGAGGAGUACAUGGCAGCCGGGCAUGCGUUACGGAGAAAAGUACAGUUUGCUAAAGAUGAGGACCUCCAUGACAUCCUCGACUACUGGAAGGGUGUGUCGGCCCAGCAGAAAUUAUGAUUACUUAUUUUAUUUUAGAGGUUAUUUAAAGAGUGGCCAAAUAAACCACACUUCACUCUCUGGACCAAAUAAAACCAGUCUUCAUUAAAGCUGCAGUAAGUAACUUUUUGUGAUUUAAGGAUUUGGAUUUAGCCAUUUCUGGUCACUGAGCAACUCAGUCAGAAACCCACAGUGAGCAUCAAAUCAGAGCUCGUUUAGACAAGAUUUAAUUCUAAACCAAAUGUCCUCUGGAGAUUUAAUCUCCAUAUAAUGACUAUAAUUUAGCUGCUAUUAUCCUAGCCUAGCAUUAUUACAGAAGGUUAUUGUGCAGUAAAGGUCAAUCUUACAGACACUAACUGGCUAAUUGCCCAAGAAGAAAAGGCUAACUGGAUAAUUAGCUAAGAAGACACCACGGUAGCAUUGCAACUUGAACAGCUAGAUUUGAAAGAAGAAAACAGCGUUAGUGAACUAGCCAACUAACACCGCUAGCUGGCGAACUUUAAAUCUGAGUAACAAAGAAAAAUUGCCAAACCAAUAUUCAUCCUGUCCAGCUAAUUUCUAGCUAACGUUACCUUCUUGUGGUGUGUUCCAGCUAGCAGUACUGCCUUUAGCAGAGUAUCGUAUUUUACACCCAAAACCAUCUGGAGACAUGGAGGAUUAGCAAUGAUUAAGUUACAGCAGUGCAAAAACACCCAUUUUAGUGUGUGUGUGUGUGUGUGUGUGUGUGUGUGUGUGUGUGUGUGUGUGUACAAAACAAGUUUCCUACUGCAGCUUUAAAUAGGAACUCACUCAUUUUUUGAAGUAGCUUAGAUAUAAUGAAAUCACUAGAUAUUUUUGCUAUUUGAGAAUAAAUCAUGUCAUGUUAGACGUUACGGGGAGAAAUAAAGAAGUAAUCUAUGACUUUUAACAAAAAAAACAGUAUUAACCUCAAACAAAAACUUUUAUAUAUAUAUAUAUAUAUAUCAGUAAUUAUAACAGUAAUGAUAGGGUAUUAUAUAUUGUCUAAUUCUUAUUACUAUUAUUAUUAUCACAAUCACCAUGGUCACUUUCAGCUCUUCAUUCCUAUUAUUAUUAUUAUUAUAAUUAUUAUUAUUAUUAUUAUGAUGAUGAUGAUGAUGACGACGAAUUCUUCUUAUUGAUUACUAUAAUUAAUCUUUGGUUAUCGCAUGGCCGUGUCCUGUGACAGUAAGACUGACUGUUGUGUGCUCUCGGAAAAAAAACUAAAGACUUCAUUGAAACGUCUGCCGUAUACUGUUUCACCGACCAGAUCUUAUAUCAAAAAAUACAAAAAAACAAACCUGUGCUACUUUUUUCCCAACAGUUCAAAAAGGGACAGCUACAGAGUUCUCCAUCUUUCAGAGGGAACAAAGUUCAACAUUUGCCAACAGAAGCACACACGCCUCGGCUUUUACAACACAACGACUACAACUUUACACCCAAAACAGCUUGUGUUCAUCUCUUUUCUAACGUUUCUGUACAAAUCUGAAAUGAAUGUCUCAAAUCCUUAAGGAUUGCACUGUUCAACUGCACAACACACACACACACACACACACACACACACACACACACACACACACACAAUACGUAUAGAAGAAUGUAUGUAGACUAUCCUAGCCUUUUAUAACUCUUUCUCAGCACCGCGUUUUUAACUAUUGACGUGUCCUGUAACACGGUCCUCUGAAAGUUCUGCGUAUCGAAGACGCCGUCGUUCCAUUUCAGUGCCAGUGAGAUAAAAUGGUUACGACCUGCAGAACAUUUUCCUUUCAAAUCCGAUUACAGAAAAUUCACAUCCGCUUCACUUGCGCACGUUUAGAAGUGUACGUCACGUGGAUUUUACACGUAAGCUCCAGAACACGACAUCCCAUGAGUCAAACAUAAACACCAACCAGGAAAAUCCCAUGUGAUUAUACAAUUCCACAUUUAUGUUGGAAUAUAAAUAAAUUAAUGAUAAUCUGAAAAAAAUUCCUUUUAAAAAGAAAUCAUCACAAUAAAAUAGUUUGUAUAAAUUCCUGUGGGGAACAUGAGGAACAUGCAGCACACGUGAAGUUUGUGUGAGGUUUCUGUGAGGGUCAGCUCUGUAAAGAUAAACAGAAUGUUUUUUCUCCUUCAGCAGCAGCUGUAAAGUGCUGAGCUCAGUGAGUCUCUAACUGAGUAAUCUUUCUUCACAGACAGUAACGCUGAUAGACCAUUUUAACUCCUCCAGAAACAUGGUGGUGUAACUUCUGCAGUGGGCUCACUACAACAUGGCCACGGGGUUACCAUGGCAAUUUACAGGCCUGGAGUCUGCUCAGGGUUUAGACUUGGGAUUAGACUUAAAGUCAAGGUCAGACUUGGGGUUGGUAUUGGGGUCAGACUCGGGGUAGGCUUAGGUUCAGACCUUGGAUUAAGCUUGGUGUCAGAUUUAGGAUCAGGCCUGGGAUCAGGCUUGGGAUCAUGCUUGAGGUUAGACUUAGGAUCAGACUUGGGGUUGGACUCGGGGUCAAACUUAAGCUCAGGCUCAGGGAUGAGUGUGUUUAUGCACAAUGCUGCAGAAUAAAGCUCAGUAAACAUUUAUUAUUAUUAUUAUUAUUAAAGUAUAACACAGACUGCAGGCUUUAAGUAUUAAAUAUAAAGGAUUCAGUAACUAAACAGAGAAUUUCAGUAAAUAUGCAGUAAAAACCAGUCAGUAAUAUCAGAGUGAUUUGGUUGAUUAUGGCGAGACAUCACAUGCAGAAAAAACCUCCAGAUCUCUGCCACAUCUGAGAUGUUUCUGUUCCUCUGCUUUAUGUUUAACAGACUUUAAGCCCCGCCCACUUCUCAGUGACAUCAUGCCUAUGGCACUCCGAGGUCUUCCUGUGUGAAUCGCAUCCUAAUACGAGACGUGCGAUUUUUAUUCAAUAUGCAAAUUUAAACCGAGGCUCAGGGUUAAAGGUUCACGAUUUAACGAAGCCUCAUUAGCAUAAAGAAAUGUUCAAUAAAGAAAUGCAGUGAAGAUCUGAAAUAUAAAUCGUGUUUUAAUAAUAAUAAUAUUAAUAAUAACGUCGCCUCGGUCUCCUGUAGUGUCUCGCCUGAGGGCUUUAACUCCUGAAUUCACAGACAAAGGAAACAUCUGUAUUUCAUUCCUAUUAGAUAGAAAAAGCUAAAAGUUAUUCAAAGUAUUAUUAAAAGUUUGACCUUCUGUUAAAUUAGAUGAUUCAUUAGUGUGUGUGUGUGUGUGUGUGUGUGUGUGUGUGUGUUGAAGGGUUAUAAAUGUAGAACUUUCGGUGCAAUUUUAUUCUUUUAACUUUGGGAUUCAGUUUUAAUUGAGAAAUACAUGAAAAGUGCUUAAUGGUUUUCCAGAUCUCCUCAUCCAUCUCUACUGUGAUUUCUGGGGUCCAGGGUAGGAGCUCAGUAAUGUGCUACAGAAAGGAUCCUAGUUAGAGGUGUAUAUACACAUAAUAAUGUUAAUGGAAAUGAUUGAGGUCAUGUGAUGAGGUCUGACCUUAAUGCUAAACUCCAUCUUUAGCAUUCACACACACACACACACACACACACACACACACACACACACACUCAUAAUAUAUAUAUAAAAUUGUCAUCCUAAUAAAGAUGGAUGUUUAAGUCACAUCAGCAUGUUGGGAAGUUUUCUCGCUUUCCUACAAAACACUCCUGUGUGUGUGUGUGUGUGUGUGUGUGUGUGUGUGAGAACCUUCAGGUGACGACUUUAACGAAUGUCACUGUUGAAUCUCUCUAUAUAUCGUCCUGCAACUAACAGAAUGUUCUGGUUUCGGCACUGGUUCAGAGGAUCGCAGAUUAAUCAGGUUCACUUCCCAUCCGAAAUCUGUGUGAGGACGUUAUCACGUCACCAUGGCAACGAGGAGGGCAGGCCUUAUAACUGUGACGCUUUUUUAUCUGUAGUCUACAUUGUGCAGGCCUCGACCUCUGGGCCUCAAUCCUAACAUUUCUACACUUUCAAGAUAAAAGUGGAUCAUUUGAAAUGUGCUAAUGUUCAUUUCUUUCUAAAAGAAAAGGGGGAAAGAUUUCAGCCUGGAGGGACGUCUCGGUGAAGUUUGUGGAGAACAUUGUGAGAUUUUUCCAUACAGCCUUAAAAACUAUGAAUGAUUGUUUUUUUUUUUUUUCUUUUCUAUUGAUGUAGCUGAUCGAUGUAAAUCUUCACCUCGGACAAACUUUUUAUCUGAGAGGAAAACAAACUUCUCUCUGUUCAUCUCUUCAUUUGUACGUAACCUUCACGCUUUCUAACUGCGAGCUGUAGCACCACGAGUUCUCGUGGACAUUCUCCAGGACGAUGAGAACCUCACACCUGGAUGUGGCGUGUGAAAAGCCUGGACUGUGUUCUAAUGAUUCAUUUAUCAAAUGGUUCUGGUGGAUCCAAAAGGGCUUUAUGGUCUGAUGGAAAUUUCAAUGAGCACAAUAAAAAAAACAGUUUAUUUAUUAGUUAAUAAAAA